GACAGCGACCUCUUUAAACUACAAGCACCUUCAAAUCGUGACUCUCAUACAUCAUCUGGCGCGGUUAUCAGGAGGUACGGCUGUCAAAAGCCAAGAUGGCGACAACGCAGACCAAGGUCGCAACUGCGGCCUCAAUUGGGCUGCGUGCGGCUUCCUAUAUCUUCUUGAGAUGGGCGCUAGCACCUGUUCUCCCUGCCAUCGUCUUCACCCUUUUCGCGGUCUACCUGCCCGCUUUCAUCUCGGGCUAUCGGAAUGAGCCCAAGUACGAGCUUGUUGAUGAAUAUGACCUCACAGUUACGGAGACCACGGUGGACGAUCAAAAUGCUCCCGAAAGCAGCAACGAUGAAACACCGAGCGGUGAGGGGGAAGUUGUGGCCGAAAAUGUCACCAUCAAAGAGACCAUCUCCCUGAAGGACAGACCGCUCAAGCCGUGGCAGACACUGUUGACAGGCGCGCCAAACCCCCGGAGCCUGGCACUGUCCCUCGCCACGCUUUUACUCAACGGCCUCUUGGUUGGUUUCGUUGCUGACCGUCUCUUCCGCGAGCGCUACUAUCCCACGGAUGAUCUUUCGUUCGCCAGGGUUGGAUAUGUCUCGGAAAACGAGGCCAAGCUGCUUAUCCGGGAGCCAGACCAGUCCAAGAUGCCGGUCAACGUGGAAGUCCACAUCAAGGACCCCCAUCCUCCCUUUGACAACCCGCUGUGGCAGAAGGCCGGCGGUGUCAGGUGGACUACCAAUGAAAGCGACUACACGGCGGUUGUAUCGAUUCCUCUGCGACACUCGAAGCAGCGGACGUACGAGUGGCGGACCUCCAACAACCACUCUGGCGAGUUCACUGCUCCUCCGCCGGUUGGCCAGGCGGAUGAGAUCAACUCCGGCCCCUUCACCUUCUUGUCGACCUCCUGCAUUGUCCCCCGCCUGCCGUACAACCCCUUCCACCACCCGCUGUCCAUUCCGGGGUUCAAGUACCUCGCCCAGGCGCUUCCCUCUCUCAACGCCCAAUUCAUGCUCUUCCUCGGUGACUUCAUCUACGCCGACGUCCCGCGCUACUGGGACAAGUCCGCCAACUACUACCGGCAAAAGUACCGCCAAAUCUAUGCCUCACCGGACUGGCCGGCAGUUGGGCAGAACCUGAGCUGGAUCCAUGUGAUUGACGACCACGAGAUCGCCAAUGACUGGUCCGCCAACUCGACCGGCGUGUACGCCGCGGCCAUGGACCCCUUCUACAACUACCAAGCCGCGGUGAACCCGCCCCCGGCGAAGAAAGCCGGGUCUCUCAGCGCCCGUGCGGCCAACACGACAUACUUUGAGUUCACGCAGGGCCCGGCAAGCUUUUUCCUCUUGGACACCCGUUCCUUCCGCUCGAACAACAAGCUGCCGGUGGACAGCCCGGACAAGACGAUGCUCGGCGAGGAGCAACUCGCCGACUUUUUGGCGUGGCUGCAUCGGCCCGAGCCGAAGGGGGUCAAGUGGAAGAUUGUGGCGUCGUCGGUGCCUUUCACCAAGAACUGGCCCGUCAACCGGCAGGACACGUGGGGCGGCUUCCUGGCCGAGCGGCGCAAGGCGCUGGAGGCCAUGUGGGACGUGGCCAGCCGCGGGGUGGGCGUGGUUGUGCUGAGCGGCGACAGGCACGAGUUUGCAGCCACCAAGUUCCCGCCGCCGCCCGAGGACGAGAGAUGGCCCGAGAGCGCGACCGUGUGGGAGUUCUCGGUCAGCCCGCUCAGCCAGUUCUACUCGCCCUAUGCCACGUACCGGCAGACGGAUCAAGAGGAUGUUAUGGUCAAGUACAUCCACAAGGGUAACUCCAAGUUCGGGGCCAUCACCAUCGAGAAUCUGAGUCAGAAUGAGCAGAGCAGCUUGAAAUACCGGCUGUUCGUCGACGGGGCCGAGGUGUGGAAUACUGUGGUGCUCUCGCCGCCGGCGGUUGUGAGCGACAAGUCUUCGUUUUGGGACAGAUUUAGGGGUGGGAAAUAGAAUGGGUGCGAAAAUGUGGGAACGGAACAAGGAGAGAGGUUGGUGAGUUUACUGGCUGGAUGGGAACCUGGUUUCUACGGAAUUUGAACUCCCAGGAUUAGAUAGCGGAUAGGUUAUGGAGAGUUAUCAUAGAUAUGGCGCAGUUACAGACUCUCACUCACUAGACGAUUCUCUCCCCGUUCAAGGAGUCAA